UUAAUUUUGUUAAAUUCAGAAGUUGAAAUGUUGGUAUGUCUCUGAUUAAUUUAUUUAUUGAAAACUCUUUGAUCCUAUAUGUAGUAGCACAAAAGUGACUGGUGCCCUACGAAAUUGUAGUGGUAAAGUGUGGAAUUCAAAGUGAGAGUCUUACCAGUUUGCUAAUUACAGUGGAGGAGAACAGAAGUAUACCUGUAACUUAAGCUGUCCUCCUGAGUCCUAGUCAAAGAAAUCUAGCAUGCCUGGUGCAGACAGUGGUGAUGUUCAAGAGAAGCAGCUUACGGCUGACACUGAAAAGGAGAAAAACCUGCUACCUGGUAGAAGAAACCAUGCUGAAAAGCUGACUCUGCCUGAGAAGAAAGUCCAGGAGGCUAUCUGUGUGCUGCUGGUGGAGCUGUGUGAGAGGUUCACGUUCUUUGGCAUCGUCUGCAAUAUGAUCCUCUUCUGUACUGUCAGACUUGGCUAUCGCAACUACCAGGCUGCCAUUGUCAAUAUGUGCUUUGUGGGCACCUCCAUGCUGACGCCAGUGCUGGCUGGCUGGCUUGCUGAGUGCCUUGUGGGGCGGAUCAAGCUGGUGUGUGUCUGCAUGUUUCUACAUUUCCUAGGCACAGCCCUGCUACCCAUUGUGGCUUUCCCCUUUGAAGAUAUCUACAUUGACAAACGUCAUAUUCUUCUUCAUACGCUAACCAAAAAGGAGCAAAAAAUGGUGUUCUACUUUGCACUACUCACAGCUAGCCUGGGAAUAGGAGGCAUAAGAGCUAUUGUUUGUCCACUAAGUGCAUACAACCUUGAGAACUGUGGACCGAAGGAACUUCUUUCUUUUUUCAACUGGUUUUAUUGGUUGAUUAACUUAAAUUCAGCAGUUGUCUUUGUCAGCAUCUCUUAUAUCCAGCAAUCUGUGGCAAGAAAUCUUGGUUUUCUUCUCCCAUUUGUAUCUGUGCUUAUGGCCAUGAUCACAAUUCACAUGGUGCGUGGCAAAAUGAUUUACAAACCCAAAACAGACAGUUCCCUUCUGACAACUUUUGGGGUAAUUGGUAGUGCACUGAAAACGUGCUGUGUGCGGUAUCGCUACUUUAGUGGAGAUGUAUCCAGCUGGUUAGAUCAUGCCAAGGAAUACCAUGGUGGUCAGUACAGUGAGACUCAAGUGGAAAGUACAAAGUCACUUGCCAGGCUCUUCCCAUUUUUUGCUUUCCAAAUUCUUUACAGAACAUGUAUUAUGCAGAUUCCUUCAGGAUAUUAUCUCCAAACCAUGAAUUCCAACUUGAACUUCAGUGGAUUUGUAUUGCCAAUUGCUGCGAUGAAUGUGAUAAGCAUUGUGCCACUACUGAUUCUUGUUCCAAUUUUGGAAUGCAUUAACUCAUAUCUCUUCAGUUCCAAGGGAAGUGGACAUCCUCCAACAAUGUACAUUGUUGCAGGUCAGUUAUGUGCUGCACUUUCUGUGAUGGUUGCUGGCUUCUCUGAAAUACACCGAAAGCAUUUCCCUCAGGUGGAACAGACCCUUUCUGAGGAGGUUCUCCUGGUCUCAUCUAUGCCUUGCUUCCACUUAGCGCCUCAGUACAUUUUGCUUGGAGUGGCUGAAGCCUUGGUAACUCCCUCCUGUUCAUUGCUAUCGUUCUGGCUUGUACCAGAAAGAAUUCGAGGAAUUUCCAUGCAUUUUUUAACUCUCUUCAAUGGAGCUGGCUGCUUUAUGGGAGCUUUCUUUGUUCAGACAGCCCACACCGGCACUCAAGGCAACUGGUUUCCACACUUGUUACAUGAAGGUAAAUUGGAGAGAUUCUUCUUCUUCUUGGCUUCCUUGAUGAUGGUGAACGCCCUUGGGUUCUGGACUGUUGCACACAGAUACAGCAAUCUGAACCAGGAGUAUACCAGUGAGUUCAGAGGAAGUCUGUCAGAGGAAAAAGAAGUCUUUCUGAAGCAUGACAAAGUCAUCGAGCACUAUGGUAGUGUCCUGGAUCAUUCUCCCAUUUUGUCUCCUAUGGAGACAACCUGAAAAGUUUCACCCUUGUUGGACUAAACUUUGGUUGUCACCUAUAAGCUUCCCAAUGAAAGAUAAUGUAGUGCACUUCAGCAGAACUGUCAAUAUAGUUAUUAAUCACCUUAGCACUAAUGUUAUUUAUAAGUUUACAAAAUAGCAAUUGUCUUGGGAUUUAGCCUUGUAGGAUGCUGCACUGUCAUAAUGCAUGUCACGGACAAUGAGAGCUCACUGCUUGGCAAAGUUGAUAUAGAGAGGCUUUUAAUCUGUAUAGGGAAAAGGACAGGUAUUCAUGUGUAUUUAUGAUUAGUAAUGGUUAAAAAUUAAUAAAUUCAUGUAUAUAUUUGUUUAGCAGAUUACGCUGUGAUAGUAUCAUUUGAAAAUAACUUUGUAGGCAGUAUUAAUUAAUUGAUACUUGCAAAGGUGGGAGCCUUGUGUUAUUCCUGGCUAAUAUUAAUCUGCUCUCUGGUCUUUAGCCAGUUGUUGCUUUACCCUAGUUUGCUCUUCAGGAAAAUGGAUGCUGCCAUGCUAAGCUUCUCUGGAGAUUACCUUGAGGUCUACCAGAAAUACACUGAAAUUAUAUACCAGUGACAAAUCUGUAAAAAUCUGAUGUGAGUCACUUGUGCUGAGGCAUCUGGCCUUCACUGUAGCAGAAGCACUGUGGGAUUUGUCAUUCCUCAAGGUUGGUGUACAGUAAUGUUGCUAGUGGGAGAUCCAGUGGCUACUACAUAAUAGAUUGGAAUUACUAACUGUUGCCCAGUUGGAGUGGGUGAAAGGAGUUAGGAAGAAGUUAAGGGAAAUGUAGAUACAGCUGGAAGUUGAGGAAGGAACAGUUAACAAAAUUGAAAUUAAUGUUCUGUCUUAAAAAUCUAAACGGUGUUAAGCACUCCCCAAACUGACUUGUGGUGCUGAUCAAACAGUGCUUUUGUUAAAAGUCAUAUUAAUAAAAAGAUAAUGAGGAAAGUAUUAGGGUUCUCAUGUAAUAAAGAAACAUACCAAACCCAAAAACUAGAGGAAUACUUUGAUUAAAAGUUGAUAGAGUUGAAAAUCUGAGUCGAGUCAGAAUGCUACUAGAGACAAGGAAAGCUAUACCACAGGAGAAAUCACACUGAAUGCACACAAUGAUCUGAAGUGACACAGUUUAUGCACUGAAACUAUAAAAGAGUUGAUGAAGGUAAUCACCACACUGUUAUCCAUUUAACCACACUGCAGGUGUAGGCUGGGGUGGGGAGCGGUAAGGGGGAAGCAAAAUGCAGUAAGUACAUCUAAGCAGUAGGAGGGAAGGCAGUCAGGACUGUCUCAGAGCUGUUAGUUUGAUCUCACUAGUAUUUAAGGUUUUGUUAAAAAUAAAAUAAAAAUAAAAGAGAAUUUUUAAAGUCAUGAGAUAAAAGGAAAAUUGAAUAAAAUGCAAUGCUGAUGUAUCAAAGGUAGGUUUGCCAGACGACCUUAAUGCUUGUUUGUAAUGAGAACUCAUGUUUUAAACAAAACAUAGUAGAAAAGAUCUGCCUUAAUUUCAGUAAAGCUUUUGGCAUAUUUCUCAAGGGAAACAACUUGUGUAGACGAGGGUCAGCAGAGGGUGGCUGAGAAGACCAAUUUAAGCCCAGAUGGCAACAGAUACUGUGGAAAAGAGAGGUACCCAUCUGCAAGUAAGCUUUUGUGGAACUUGUUAAACAUUGUCCUUUGUGGUAAAAGAGGAAGUGAUCCUGGGAUUUUUCUUCCAUCUCCACCAACACAAGUAUCCUCAUGCAAGCUCAUCAGUAAUGGUUAUCCAUGUUUGAGAGGUGCUUUCUGACUCAGACAGUGAUUUAAUGGCACAGCUGAUUGUGCAACUGGCUGUUUGCUCUGGAAGGGUUCUUGCUGGGAGAGGGGAGGGGAGGAAGGCUGCCUACUUGUCUCACCCUGGUUUCUGCUGGCCAGCGAGAGAUGGCCUUUUCCUCAAGAAUUGACUGCAUAGUGAAGAGGAGGAGACUCAAGAGAUCUCAGAAGAGACCCUAUCUACCAUGAAUUGUACUUGAGCUUUUGCUCACUGUUUAGAUUAGGUUUCUUUGAGAGAGCUUUCUGAAGCAGAAGAUUUCUUUUCAAGUCUCUGAGACCUGGUCUGUGAAACUCUAUUUUUGUGCUGCUUUUAUCUUAAAAGUUAUGGCACAUCUGAGUGUUAGGGGUUUGGGUAUGGCCUUCUAAUGGAAAGAAGUCUUGGUGACUUCUCUCCAGCUAGUCAGUGGCAAAAUUUACUUGGCUUCUGUGAUAAGAUCAACUUUUUAAAAGCCUGUGGUUCUGGUGAUCCUCAGUUCAGUUCCCAUUCUGAACAUCUGUAUUUCUUCCAUUCAUGCUUAGGGAAUUUGAGAUCACGUACACUGGGACUGCUUUUUCUCGAAGAUCAAAAUCUGAAAAUAGAUCACAACAGAGAACAUAAAAUAUUGUGGUUUAAUGGUCUGAUGAAGAUCUGUCAUUCUGGAGAAAAAAAAAAUCCUAUAAGGAGAGAUCUCUCUGUCAUGCAGCACUGCAAGAAAGGCUUACUGCAAUGGAGAGGGAAGCAUUGGGCAGCUGUCAUAAGGAGAUAUUAGAAUUACAUGAAUUAGAAUGGGUUGUGGGAUGAAUAUUUGACUACUGAAAAUUCUACCUUUUUCACAUGGACUGGAGAAAAGCUUUUUCUUAUUAGAUUUAAAAUAUUUGGCCUUUGGGAUGGAUGGAAAGGGCUACUGAUGGCUAGAUAUUGACUUAUUUCAGAUGGGCAUGUGGAGUAACCUGCAUGAAAAAGUCUAUCAGUCAUGCUUGUUGUUAUGACAGAGCAAUUCAGCAGUUAUACCUCAACAGACAGGGAUGCUUCUCCAACUGGAGCAUUUGGGGCUGCAUACAAACCUUGUGGAAUUAUUUUUACUUUCAGACCAUUUCCUAUUUUUUUACAAAUCUUGUCCCAGUGUAUGUGAAAUAAGUAUAAAGGACUCUGUAGCUGCUGUCUUGACUUUGAAAGAUGCUGCGUUUUACAUCUGGGUUAAUACAUUAUGAAAAAUGAAGAGAAUAAAUACUGAGGUAUGUAUGCAUAUG